AUGAAGUGGGUGGCGUUAGUGUUCCUGAUAGCUGCUGGCGUGGUGCGUCAGCCAUCGCCGGUGGUGCUCACUAGUAGCGGGUACAUCCGCGGCGCCGUCAGCCACAAUGGACAGUUCAUCGAGUACUUCGGGAUACCAUAUGCUACUGUCAAUGAGACCAAUCGCUUUCAGGCGCCACUUCCUGCACCUACUUGGAAUGGAAUUCUAAACGCUCUCAACGAAAAUACCUGGUGCCCGCAAAGUUCGGUCGGUCCAAUAGUUCUUGGAGAGCCCAACUGUUUGAAAUUGAACAUCUACUCGCCAAUUCAGUAUACCAAACUCCUACCUGUGAUGGUUUACAUUCAUGGCGGGUGUUUUUUUGGUGGCACCGGAGCACCAUAUUUGUACGGCGCGGCAAAAGGUUUAUUUCACAAAGCCAUUCUUCAAAGUGGAUCGUCCUUGGCACCUUGGGCCCUUCAACAUGACCCAGUAAAAGCAGCAAUGAGUCUAGUCAGAAAACUGGGAUACAGUGCAAAAGAUCCUAGAGAAAUUUAUAGUAUUCUAUCAAAGAAAACAACCAAAGAAAUAAUUACGACGAUUAGCAAUUACGAAGACAAAUUCUGCGUAGCAGAAACUGAUAUAUUCGUACCUUGUAUCGAAAGACACAUAGAGGGAAUUGAACCCAUAAUAACUGAUUAUCCUGCGAACGUGAUUUUGUCCGGCAACUAUACAAAAGUUCCCAUGAUAAUUGGUUACACGAACCACGAAGGUAUUUACUUCGUAUCAGCAGAUUAUGGCACUAGUCUGAGAAACAACACAAAACCUAUAGAUCCCAUGAAAGCCUUACAGAGAGAUCUGCAGUUUCCAUCUGAAACUGACAAGAACUGCACCGUGGACAAGAUCAGACGUCAUUACUUUACACCUUCUAAAGAAGAAAUGAUAAUGGACAUGGUAAAUUUGUACUCUGACCUUCACUUUAAGUUCCCUUUGGUGCUGGAGUCUGAGUUGUAUUCAAGGACAACGGACCAGCCGAUAUACUACUACCAGUUCCAGUACAGUGGGUUAAUAAACAUGCCCAAGGUUAUAUCAGGCUUCGGUCUAAGUAAUGGAGCGUCACAUGGGGAUGAGUUGUUUUACCUAUUCAAACCGCAUUCGUUCCCGUUGCCGCACCGGUUUUUGGAGGACAAGAUGAUAAAGAGGAUGGUCACUAUGUGGACCAAUUUUGCUAAGUACAGUGAUCCGACUCCCUACACGUCUCGUCUGCUGCCGUUCAAAUGGCUCCCCAGCAAACGGUUCAACCCCACAUCGCUAGUGAUAGACACGGAGAUCAGCACCGCGCCAAUGUGGGAUGAACACCCGGUGCAACUGUGGAACGACACAUAUAACAAAUACAGAAGAAAAGAUUACGGGUUUAAGCAAUUUCAACACUACUAA